AUGCCGAUACUAAGCACAGUUAUAGACAAAAAAGACUGGAUGUUGCUGUGUAGUAUCGUAAAUAGCGACAGGGUUGUGAGAGUCAUUUUUGACGAUCGAAAGCGAGACCAUCUUGCCAAACUCACAAUACCUGGAGCGAAGCCACCACGUGAUGGAGGUGUUGAGAUGAUACUUCAUUGGGAAGAGACGGACGAUGCCUUGCUCCUCAUGGAGAAAAGUGUGCGGUGGAUCAAGCGAAAGCUAAAGCAAGAGGUACAGUCCAUUUUCCAACCUCCAUAUCUCACACCUAUCAUCUCGACCAGAUCAACAAGCCCUAACAUUCUAUGA